AUGGUCCCAGGCAAAAUGGUAUCUGCGGUGCGCCUGGCCUCACGGGCCUCGUCGGAAUAUUUGCGGAAUGCAGUCCGAUCGAUGAGUACGGCGAAUGUCGGUUUCAGCAGGCCGCAAUCAACUCCUAUCGAUAGUGCUAUGCGCAAAGCAGCGGGGGAAGUCUCCUUACCCCAGUUGCAGCCAAAUGAGCUUUUACGGUUCCGUCAAGAUGCUGAGCAUCAACAAUCUUUGCGCACAUUGGAGCUUAACUUUGGACCGCAACAUCCGGCAGCACAUGGAGUCAUGCGACUUGUUCUUGAACUCGAUGGAGAGGCUACCACUCGCCUUGACCCCCACAUUGGACUAUUACACAGGGGUACAGAGAAGCUAAUCGAGCACAAGACAUAUUUGCAAGCUCUCCCCUAUUUUGACCGGUUGGAUUAUUGGGCGCCAAUGACCCAAGAGCAAUGCUUUUCACUCGCGGUCGAGAAGCUACUGAAAAUUGAGGUGGAAAGAGAGCGAAGUACAUCAGGACGAUAUAUUGGGGCAGUUACCCCGCUCUUGUGGUUGUUUGAAGAGCGAGAAAAACUUAUGGAAUUCUCAGAGCGCGUUUCCGGGGCACGGCUACACAGCUUUUACAUCCGUCCGGGUGGAGUCGCCACAGACUUGCCCCUCGGGAUUAUGGAUGAUAUUUACGACUUUUGCAAGGCUUUUCGUUCUCGCAUUGAUGAAAUGGAGGAGCUUCUUACUUCAAACAGAAUUUGGAAACAACGGUUAGUCGAUAUUGGUAUUGUCAGUGCCGCUGAGGCUUUGGACAGGGGUUUCUCCGGUCCGAUGUUAAGAGGAUCUGGCGUGUCCUGGGACUUGCGGAAAGCCCAACCGUACGAUGCAUACGAAAUGGUCGAUUUUAUGGUACCCGUAGGUAUUAACGGGGAUUGCUACGAUAGAUACCUUCUCAGAGUGGAAGAGAUGAGGCAGUCUCUUAACAUUAUCAUCCAGUGUUUAAACCAAAUGCCGGAAGGUGAAGUGGGUGUCGACGACCGGAAGAUCUAUCCGCCGUCAAGAAAAAACAUGAAACAAUCUAUGGAGUCGCUCAUCCAUCACUUUAAGUUAUAUUCGGAAGGUUUCGCCGUGCCGGCUGGUGAUACGUAUACUGCUAUUGAAUCACCGAGAGGAGAACUUGGGGUUUACUUGGUUUCAAAUGGCACCAACAGGCCUUAUCGAUGUGCUAUUCGCUCACCCGGAUUUGCCCACUUGGCCGGCCUAAAUACGAUGGGAAAGGGCCACAUGCUGGCAGACCUGGUGACUAUUAUCGGGACCCAAGAUUUUGUAUUGGGGUAUGUUUAA